AAAAAAGAAGAAGUUUAUCCGAUAAACGAAUCUCCAUAGUAGGAAGUGAAUGCUUCCGGAACCGUCUGACACAAAGUACGAAGUACAGGGUUGCAGUUUCCCACUUUCCCUUCCCUAACUUUUUCUUUUGCACCAAUAAGGAAGCCGCCGUAAACGUCGUCGUACUCCCAAGGCCAGAUCUGAUGUACCCGGAUCUCUCAGGUUUGCUGCUUUGUGAGAGUGAUAUGUAGAGAUAAACCGAGAGGUCGAUACGGAGCUUUGAUCGGUGACAAGAUUAUUGUGGUUUUGGUUACUGGUGUAGUUGAGAUUGAAGAUCAACGCUCAGACGUAACUGUGGCUACAUAGCUUCUGCGUUUACCUGAUUUAUAUUUAUAUAUAUUGCAGCUUGUUUAAUUAGCUAUCCCAUGGUGGAGAUAACAGGCCCAUCCUCCAGAUCGAUGAACACCACCAUUGGUGAUCUGCCUGAGGCUGUAUUGGUUGAAAUCCUUGGUCGACUUCCUUGCUAUAAAUACAUUGGUCGAUGCAAGUGUGUGUCCAAGCAUUGGUGCACUUUCAUGUCUCAUCCUUCUUUUAUUCGCCGGUUUCUGUAUUUCCAAAGUUAUGGUAAGCAACCAUUCAUGACCCGUACUUUGAUAAACUGCCAAGGGGAGGAAUUUCUUGCUAGGAUAUCAUCGUCGUUUAAGGCAUUAACUCCUUUGUUCAAAAGACUCAUGAAUUUCCACCAUUUGAAAGAAGAGCCAGUUGUCGUAGGUUCUUAUAACGACUUGGUUUUGUGUUGUGCGAGUCAGUACUAUCAGCGUGAUUACUACAUCUGCAAUCCAUACACAUUCAAAUGGGUUACUCUUCCUCCCCCUCCUCAAGUCACUAAGUUCACAGGAGCAGGAAUCUUUUGUGACCUUCCCUACUAUGAGUGUAAGAAAAAUGAUCUGGGACGACAUGACAUCCAGCUUAAUGCCGAUUAUAAGUGCAGGGUCGUAAGAAUUAUUUUUCCUCGUGGUGUAUUGGAGCCUCAGUGUGAAUUCAAAGUGCAGAUCUUCUCUUCUGAGACAGGUGUAUGGAGAGAGUCAAUUGUCUUAUCUCCAUCAAGAUUUUACCCGUAUGAAGUCAAGCACAGGAUUAGUUUUGCUUACAAUGGAAUGCUGUAUUGGUUGAGUGAUGAUGGCGACUUCCUUAUUGGACUGGAUCUGUUCAUGAUGGAUAACAGGACUAGUGCUAGCAUAUCUAGUACUAGCAGCAGUAUGGUUGAAGGUGAUGCUAGCGAUCACUAUGAAUUUCUUUUCACUGAACUUGAUGGGUGUAAAGGUUUUACACCUGGAUACCUAGGUUUCUAUAAAGGGUGUAUGCAGAUAGGCGACUAUCAUUAUGGUACCCAUACUGUUAAUGCUUGGGAGUUUCAUGAAGAAUUCCAUAGUGGAUCUGGCAAAUUACUUUUGGAACAAAGGAAGAGGGUUUAUUCACUGGACUUGGAUAUGAUUCCAGAUGAUAACUACUAUGUGGAUCUUGUGGGUUUCGACCCCAAUAACGACGGUAAUGAAGGUGAAGGUAUCUUGUAUCUGCUUGUCAUCAAUGAUCAUGAUAAUACAUAUGGAGACAUUUUCAUGUGCAACAUUUGUACAGGAAAGUUUAUGAAGAUAUUUGAAAAUCAUCCUUUGGUUUCUAGCUUCUUCACAGUUGCGGUGCCGUGGUGGCCGACACCAGUCCCUAGGCUGCCAGAACGUGAAGCAAAUCCUCUGAUACUUGCGAGGCUGGAUUGAUAUGGUGUGAAUUGAAGAGGAUUGAUUACGCUGGAGUUCUUGUAUGAUUGUAUUUUAGUUAUUCUUGUUGCAUUUGCUAAAACAAUAAUGAACAGUAAGCUGUCUGCUGAAAUCAUAUAGAUGGUGCGGACUGAAGAGGAUUGAUUUAUGCCGGAGUGCUUGUAUGGUUGUAUUUUAGUUAUUCUUGUUUCAUCUGCUAAGAAAAUAAUGAACUGUAAACUGAUUUUGUCUGCUGAAAUAAGGUAUGUGAAAUUGAAUUUUAUGGUGCGAACUGAAGAGGAUGAUGUGCUUGUAUGAUUGUAUAUUAGUUAUUCUUGUUUCGUUUGCUGGG